GGUUACUACCACUCCAAAGUAAAUCGCUAUUCUAACUCCAAUUCUACUUUCCAGCUUAUUCGACUAAAAACAAGUGGGGACAUAAGUCUGAACCCAGGUCCGAGUACAGCGAGGAGCAAAUGCCAAAAAUGUUCAAGAACAAUUGCUUGUAACCAUCAAGCAUUAGAACGCAACCUUUGCAGUUUGAAAUACCACAUCAAAUAUGAGAAUGUUACGCCCAAACAAUAUGGCUAUAUCUUAAAGAGUGAUGCAAAAAUAUGGAGGUGCCCUAGGUGUCUAACACAGCCAGCAUUGCCAGUAGAUGAUUUGCUUCCAGCCAUACCAUUUACGUUGGUGUCCAACGAAUCCUUCCUACCUAUUGAAGAAGGACAAGAAGGACAAGAAGGACUUAACACUGACAACGCGAUCCAUAACGGGGAGGAUGGUGAGAGUCAUCUCACCGACCUUACUCAACAUCUACAAAGUUUUCCAGCAAAAGAUUUAAGAGUAGCUCAUUUAAAUGUCUGCAGCUUAAGAAAGAAGAUGGACGAGCUGAGAUGUUGAUAGCUUUUAUACAAAUUUGAUACGAUUGCAAUAACCACAACACAUCUCGACAAAACAGUUCCGGACUCAGCAUUAGAUAUUAAUGGGAUGAAACUUUUGCGACUAGAUUGGAAAGAGCAAAAGGGCGGUGGCUGUGCCUUAUAUUUUGCAGAACAUUUGCAAGCAACUCAGUGGAAAGAUCUGCAUUUUGAUAGCCUUGAAGGAAUCUGGUUACACGUCAAAUUUCUGAGUUCCACGGCUCUGUUCGUAGUCAUGUACAGGCCUCCUGACACAGAUCAUUUUUUCAAUCUUGUCAACUCUCUUUUAGAAAAGGCAUGGCUAGUCCUCCAUUAUUAAGCGCAAACACUAGCAAACUGCAUUCCGUUUUCGAGAUGUUCAAUAUGGAGAAUGUCAUACAAGAAGCCACAAGACAAACAAUAACAUCCAGCUCCUUAAUUGAUCUUAUUGUAACCACAAGAAAAGAUCUUGUCAGUGCUACAGGUGUAUUCCCUUUGGGGAUAUCAGAUCAUAACUUAAUAUAUGCGAGUAUUCGGCUUAAGAACAAAAGACCGCCACCAAUAAUAGUCAAAACAAGAGAUUACAAAAGAAUGGAUAUAAGAAGUUUCAGAGAUGACAUAGAAAGUGCGCCAUUCCAUAUUGCGUCCAUAUUUGACGACCCUGAUGAU